AUGACCUCCUACCGCCCCGCGCAGCACGACGGCGCGGAGCCGCCUGCCGCCCGGCCCGCGGACUGCUAUCCGCCGGGAUACCGGGCGCAGAACGGCGGCGUGCCGCCGGCGGGCGCGGCCGUGCCCAAGAUGGGGGUGCGCGCCCGCAUCGCCGACUGGCCCCCCAAGAGAGAGGCGCCCAGGGAGCCGGCCGCGCCGAGCCCGUGCAGGGAGGCGGAGGCGGCCGCCGGCAGGGAGGCCGCUCCGCUCCGCGGCCUCCCGAACGGGCAGCAGCCGGCCGGCGGCGGCGGUGGCGGCGGCGCGGGGCUCAAAGCCCUGCAGCGCCCGGCCCGGCGCCGCUCCAAGGACGUGGAGUUUCAGGAGGGCUGGCCGCGGUCGCCCGGCCGGGGCUUCGCCGCGCUGCGCCACCGGAGCAACAGCGAGAUCACGCUGAGCGAGUGCGACCCGGAGGAGCCGCCGGAGCCGCGGGGGGCCAGGCUGGCGGGCGGCGCGCCGCUCUUCCGCGAGUACGGCAGCACGUCCUCCAUCGACGUCCAGGGCGUCUCGGAGCAGAGCUUCUUCGACAUGCUCAACGAGUUCCGCAACGGGCGGCCGGAGCCGCGGGCCGCGACGCCCCAGCGCCUCGGCGACCCGCCGCGCGCCGAGCCCGCCGGCGCCGCGGGGCUCUGCCCGGCCGGCGCUGCCAAGGCGGACGCCAGGAACGGGCCGGCGCCGCCCCGCGACGAGCCGCCCUCGCAGCCGAAGGAGAAGCCGCGCAAGAAGGGCCCCAAGGGCGAGGCGGGAGGCGACUCCAUCUUCAAGAAGCUGCGGAGCAGCCGGAACGAGGGGGAGCCCGGCAGGGAGCCGGAGGAGGGCCGGGCGGCCGAGGCGGGCAAGGCCUGGGUGUGCCGGAAGAGCUUCGCCCACUACGACGUGCAGAGCAUGCUCUUCGACCUCAACGCCGUGGCCACCAACCGCGCCGUGGUGGCCCAGCGCAGGAACACCACGACGGGCGCCUCGGCCGCCUCGGCCGUCUCGGCGGCCAUCUCGCGCGCCUACGGGCUGGGCGGGCUGGAGCCCGCCUUCGCCAGCACCGAGGACCUCAACUGCAAGGAGAACCUGGAGCACGACCUGGGCGACAACAACAGCAACGACCUGCUGCUCAGCUGCCCCCACUUCCGCAACGAGAUCGGCGGCGUGAGCGAGCGCAACGUCAGCUUCUCCAGGGCCUCGGCCGGCUCGCCCGGCGUGCCGGCGCCCGACGGUGGCUUCCCGGAGCCCUCGCUCGGCGCGCGCUGCACCAACGCCAGCAUCUCCGUGCUGGAGGUGCCCAAGGAGCUGCAGAGGAACCCCGGGCGGCUCAAGCACUACAGCGUCGAGCACGUGGACCUCGGCGCCCGCUACUACCGGGACCAUUUCCACAGCAAAGAGCACUCCAACUACUUCGGGGUGGACGAGAAGUUGGGCCCGGUGGCCGUGAGCAUCAAGCGGGAGAAGCUGGAGGAUCACAAGGACCACGGCCCCCAGUACCAGUACAGGAUCAUCUUCCGGACCAGCGAGCUCGUCACCCUGCGCGGCUCCAUCCUCGAGGACGCCACUCCCACCACCACCAAGCACGGGACAGUCCGCGGGCUGCCGCUGAAGGACGCGCUCGAGUACGUGAUCCCCGAGCUCCACAUCCACUGCCUGCGGCUCGCCAUGAGCACGCCCAAGGUCGCCGAGCAGCUCCUGAAGCUCGACGAGCAAGGGCUCUGCCGAAAGCACAAGGUUGGCAUCCUGUACUGCAAAGCCGGGCAGAGCUCGGAGGAGGAGAUGUACAACAACGAGGAAGCGGGGCCGGCCCUGGAGGAGUUCCUCUCCCUCCUCGGCGAGAAGGUGUGCCUGAAGGCCUUCAGCAAGUACGCCGCCCAGCUGGACACCAAGACCGACUCCACGGGCACCCACUCCCUGUACACCACCUACCAGGACUACGAGAUCAUGUUCCACGUCUCCACCAUGCUCCCGUAUACCCCCAACAACAGGCAGCAGCUGCUGAGGAAGAGGCACAUAGGAAACGACAUAGUUACGAUCAUCUUCCAAGAGCCCGGAGCGUUGCCCUUCACUCCCCAGAACAUCCGAUCGCACUUCCAGCACGUCUUUAUCAUCGUCCGCGUGCACAGCCCUUGCACGGACAGCGUUUGUUACAGCGUGGCUGUGACCCGAUCCAAAGACGUCCCGCCCUUCGGGCCGCCCAUCCCCAGCGGCGUUACUUUCCGCAAGUCCGACGUCUUUAGAGACUUCUUGCUGGCCAAGGUGAUCAACGCGGAGAACGCCGCCCACAAGUCGGACAAGUUCCACACCAUGGCGACGCGGACGCGGCAGGAGUACCUGAAGGACCUGGCCGAGAACUGCGUCACCAACACGCCCAUCGACUCCACCGGGAAGUUCAACCUCAUCUCGCUCACCUCCAAGAAGAAGGAGAAGACGAAAGCCCGGGCGGGGGCAGAGCAGCACAGCGUGGGAGCCAUAGCGUGGCGCGUCUCCGCGCAGGACUUUGCCCAGGGGGCAGAGAUUGACUGCGUCUUGGGUAUCUCCAACGAGUUCGUCGUCCUGCUCGACCUGAGCACCAAGGAGGUGGUGUUCAACUGCUUCUGCGGGGACGUGAUCGGCUGGACCGCCGACGUUUCCACCAUCAAGAUCUUCUAUGGCGGGGACCAUGUUUUCAUCCGGGCAGCUGAGGGCGGCCCCGAUGACAUCAAAGAGAUCGUGCAGAGGCUCAAGGUUAUGACCUCCGGCUGCGAGACCGUGGACAUGACCCUGCGGAGGAACGGGCUGGGCCAGCUGGGCUUCCACGUGAAGUACGACGGCACCGUGGCCGAGGUGGAGGACUACGGCUUCGCCUGGCAGGCCGGCCUCCGGCAGGGCAGCCGGCUCGUGGAGAUCUGCAAAGUGGCCGUGGUGACGCUCACCCACGACCAGAUGAUCGACCUGCUGCGGACGUCCGUCACCGUCAAAGUCGUCAUCAUCCCGCCGCACGAGGACGGGGCGCCUCGCCGGGGCUGGGCCGAGUCGCUGGAGGCGAGCGGCGCGGAGCACAAGGCCGAGCCGGAGAGCUUGCCGGCCAGCUGCCGGCCCCCGUACCGCAGCAACUCCGCGUGGCAGUGGAGCGGCCCGGCCUCGCACAACGCGCCGCCGCCCGGGCACGCGCCGUCCCUCGGCCGCGCUCCCAAGCAGCCCGCCGCGGUCCCGUACCGCGAGCCGCAGCCCCUGCACGGCAAGAGGCCGGUGAGCUUCCCCGAAACCCCCCACCCCACCUCGUCCUCACCGGCCGGAGCGGAGAGGGUCCAGCCCUACCGGCAGCCCUCGGGCAGCUUCUCCACCCCCGGCGCCGGCGGAGCCGCCUACGCCCGCUAUAAGCCGUCUCCGGAGAGGUACGCGGCCUCGCAGCGGCCGCUGCUGCCCUUCGAGCCGCACGCCGGCCACGACGCGGCGUCCAGCGGCGACUCCUCGUCCGGCGGCCUCACCAGCCACGAGAGCACCAUGGAGAGGCACAAGCCGGAGCCGCUGUGGCACGUGCCGGCGCAGUCCAGGCUCCCCUCCGCGGCGGGCAGCGGCGGGAGCAAGCGGCCCGGCCGGCAGGAGCUGGCGGGCAAGGACUCUCCCAACCGGCAUGCGAAGGGCGAGGCGCAGUACUCGAGCCACUCGAGCAGCAACACGCUGUCCAGCAACGCCUCCAGCAGCCACAGCGACGAGCGCUGGUUCGACGGCGCCGACGGCGCCGAGGCCGAGCCGGACCCGCUCUCCAAAGGCGGCUCCAGCGACAGCGGCAUCGACACGGCGCUCUACGCCCCCAGCCCCGGCCCCAAGCCCUCGCGCCCGGCGCCGCAGCGCGACAAGCUCCCCCGGGCGCCCUACGCCGCCUUGCAUGAGAACGGCGCGCGCCCCGCCGACAAGCAGAGAGAGCCGUCGCCCGCCGGCCCGGGCAAGGGCUACCGGCCCAAGCUGUACGCGCCGGCGGCCUCAGCCCCCGGGAGCAGCCCCGACCCCUUCAAGCAGCCCAGCGGCCUGAACUCGCGGCCGGGUUAUCCCGCGUACAAAGCGCCCGCGGCCGAGACGCCCCGGCCCGCGCCCGCCUCCCAGCCCGGCUCCUUCCAGCUCUCGGCCUCGGUGCCCAAAUCCUUCUUCUCCAAGCAGACGGGCAGGAGCAAGCACGCCGCGGGGCGGAAGCGCGCCGACGAGCCCCCCACCCGCCCCGCGGCCUUCGCGGACCCCAAGAAGCAGGUGGACGCCAGCACCAAGAACGUGUUCGGGCAGCCGCGGCUGCGGGCCUCGCUGCGCGACCUCCGCUCCCCCCGCAAGAGCUACAAGUCCACCAUCGAGGACGACCUCAAGAAGCUCAUCAUCAUGGACAGCUCGGCCCCGGAGCCGGAGCGAGCUGGGUCGCCGCAGAAGGCUCUGCAGCGGACGCUGUCGGACGAGAGCCUGUGCAGCGGGCGGCGGGACGCUGGCUACGCCGGCGCAGCCUGCUUCGAGCAGCCGCUGGCCGCCGACGUCCUCUUCAGCAGCGCCUACCCGUCCAGCACGCUGCCCGCCCGCCGGCAGCACCCGCCCGCCGGCAGCGCCAGCCUCCCCGAGAAGAAGUCCACGAUUUCCGCCUCGGAGCUGUCGUUGGCGGACCCGCGGGACAGGCCCGCGCGGCGCAUCGACCCGGGGAUGAUGCCGCUGCCCGACACGGCGGCGGGUCUCGAGUGGUCCAGCCUGGUCAACGCGGCCAAAGCCUACGAA